AUGAAUAUUUAUAGACUCAAUUAGAAGCUCAGACACAUAAUGGAAGUGUUUGAUAUCAUCUAGAGAGAGUAUUGUAUAUAUUAAAUUCUAGUCAAUUGCAAACUUUAAAUGGGUGUUAUUUAGGGAUUCAUUAAGAUUAUAUGAUUCAUUAAGUAUUAAAAUUUCCUAAUCUCUUUGAUAUUAAUUAUGAUGAAUUAAAGUUAAAUAUAGUUAACUUUUUUUAAAUGUUGAAAGAACACAAUAUCACACCAAUAGUUAUUUUGUCAUCAUAAAUCCAUUAGAAAAUAAAUUCAAAGAUUAUAAUGAAAUGUUAAUCUGAAAAAAAUAAGUAAAUUAAUAAUCAUAUCAUAUUUAUAGAGCAUAAUUUAGAGAAUUAUUAUAUAAUGAUGCUAUUAUUGAUACUCUAUUACCGAAAAGAAUGAUCAUUGAUUGGUUAAGAGAAUUACAAAUACAAUUUCUAGUAGUUCCAGAUGCAGGAAGUUAAAUUCGUUAUCUCUUUACUAAUAAUUUUAUAAGUGGGUAAAUUGUUGCAAUUAAUUAUUUAGAAUUUUAGCAGAGAUCUCCUUAUUAGAGAAGUGCUUUAGUUUUAAAGAAUUAAAUUAUUUGAUUUUAAACAUUUUUGAUAAUUCAUUUGAAUGGAUUGACAUAAAAUAAUUAACAGCAAAAUCUUAAUUAAGUUUAGAUUCUCUUGCAGAAUUAUAUUAAUUGCAUGAUUAUUGUACUCGUAAUGAAUGUAUAGGCUAUAAUGAUUAAAUUCUAAAUUAAUUUAGUCAAACAAAAUUUACAAAGCCUUUUUCAGAACUUGCAAGAUCUGAUUAAUUUAAUGUUCUCUAUAAUAUUGGAUAAUAAUUCUUUGCUGGAAAGCUAACUUUAUAAUAGAGAAUUUAAAAAUUUACAAAUUUUCUUAUUGAUUCAACUAAGAUCACUUAAUUUAUGUAGUAAAUCAAAGAUUCACCAUAUAUUGAUAUCAAUUUUGAUGAAUUGAGAUUAUAAACUGCAUCUGCUAGUGCUAUUUAAUAUCCAACAGAAAUUUUGGUGUUUUAGAGUAAUGGAAUAGGAUUAUUUUAAAAAGAGCAAUCACUCUUAUAACCAUUAGAAUUUUAAGAAUAUGAAUUUGUUGAACCUUCUUAAUUAGCCUUUGAGAAAUUGAAUAUUGGAUAUUAUUAAGGAAAGAAUCAAAUUAAAUUAAAUACUUCUUUUAAUUUAUUUAAAGAGACUAUUAAAAAUCCUACUUUAUUACGUUCUAUUCAUUUUUAUUAUAAAACAUUAAAAUUGACAUCUAGAAAAUCUUCAUUUGAACUUGGAGAACAAUCAUAAUAAAUUAAUUCUGAUCUUAUUUAAUUAAAUUUAAAUCUGAGGUUCUUACAUUUAUAAGGUUUAAUUGAUUUGGAUAAUUAAAAAGGUUCUUUAUAUGCAUCUGCCUUAUCAUAUGUUAAACCUCAAUAUUUUGUUCCUUUUUUCAUUUAUCUAAAAUUAUUAGAAUCACCCUAUAAACCUAUUUUAUUUGGACAUUUUUAUAAUCCAUAAAAUGAGAAAGAUGAUGAGAUUAUUACAACAUUUGCAGAUAAAAAGGAUAAUUUGAUAACAAAAUAAUUAAAUAAUUUGUCUGAACAUUAUUAAGAGGAUGAUGAAAAGAUUUUAUUACUUUUAAGAUUUUUUAUGAUUAAUAGUAUAUCUAAAUUAAGUUAAUUGGAUUAUUUUGGAGAUUUUAUUACUUGUAUAAGUAAAAAUUAUGGUUAAUAAUAUGAUGCACUAUUAAUAGGAUUAUAUUUUGAACUUAAUUAACGUAGUCUUAUAGAACAAUUUAUAAAUAUUGGUUAAAUGAAUCCUUUUUAUAAAAAAUAUAAUUAUAAUGAAGAAUUUUAUUAAUUUUUGAAAAAAAAGAAAUCCAAAUAAGAAUUUAUGACAAAUCAUAAUUUAUAACAUUAUAUAGAUUGUUGGACAGAAUUUCUUAAAUUAUAUGAUUACAUCCAUUAAAAAAAGGGUAUGAGAUUUGAUAUUUUGUUAAAGACUAAUGAGUAUUUUCAGUAGUUGAUUAAAUGA